AUGUCUACUGAAGAUGAAUUCUCCAAGUGGCUGCGUCGUAAAGAUAAAUCUUUCGAGGAAAGUCUUAAAUUUGCAAUUAAAGCAUGGCAAUCAGUCGAAUUCACACUGCCGACAAAAUAUGAAAUCAUUUUGCAAUGGAUAUCAGAGCAUACCGAUUUAACGAAUGAAUGCCUUAACAAAGAUGAUCUCAAGGAACUCCUCAAAUUGAGAGCACAACCUGGUCUCAUAGGUGAAGAUGUAAAGUACAAAUUCGUCAAGUGGUGCCUGAAUAUGGGCACCUUAUAUGACCACAGCACAAGGAUGUGGUGUGAAGCCUUUGCAUUGUUAAUUGAAUUCGAAUUGCUGCAAGAUCUUCUCAGAAAAGAUUAUGAUUUGCAAGCCCAAGUGUAUGAAGCAUUUUUCGUUAGCUAUGAGAAAUACUUGGAACAGAUUGCCGAAAAUUUUCUAUGCACCAGCGAAACCGAGUUUAUUGCUUCUAUUUUGAAAACUUUAAAGGAAACCAUUAAACGCUGUGGUGAUGUGAACAUGUUUCAAACAAGCUACACGUCCUUUGUGUUGCAUCCUUUGACAAAUGUGCUGCUUACCAUGAGAACAUUAAAGGUGGAUUUCUUCCAGGAACUGACAGACAUCGAAAGGCUGUUAACUACAAACAUGAACGAUGUUGAUUUAUACCAACGCUUGACCAGUCUGCCGCUGCAUGUUCAACUUCUAGCAUUGGAGUGCUCCAUUGUAAAUCGCAAAAAUGUCGAUGAGUACAUCAAAAUUGUAUUGGCAAAUAGUUUCAAUAAAUGUACUGCUAAUAAUCCCUCACCAGAAGAGAUAUCUGUAUAUAUGACCAUUACUGCUUAUGUCCUGGAAAUGUAUUGUCGACAUGAUGUAAAUAUAAAUAUAGCAUACAAUAAGACACAAAACGUGGUACAAUUUAUAGGCAAACGUACUCAUCAUGUCAUUAAAUGCUUACGAGGCAGUCAUCUGAAAGAGGUGUUAAUGUUAUUGUGUGCAGCUUUGCGGUUAAAUCCCUUAAUUUUGGAGGAUAAUGUAUUCACAUUAACAGCAAAUGUAAUUCUGGCCACAAAAUCGUGCGACCUUAAAGAGAAGCAGCUGUUCGAGGAGUAUCUGGUAUUAUUAAUGGAUAUGUUCCGUCGUUUAAGUCGUGCUGAAAAGUUUGUCAGUAAUUUAAUUAAAGCACUAAAUACCCGCUUAGAAGAAGCUGAUAUUUUUUCAACUAAGAAACGAAAGGCUCAAACAGAUAAUGCACAAACGCCUUCUAAGAAGAAGAAAAUGGAAAACCCAGACGAAAGAGAUCAUCAGGACAAAAUCGUCCCAUCAAAAUAUCUAGACAUACUAUUUCAAGAUUAUUUUAAGCCCGUUUUGACACAACAGAAAUUAGAAGCAAACUCAGCACUGUCCGCGUCAAUUUCAUUUCCAACUUUGCAGAAUUAUUGGCCCAGCAGUCCAGUGGGAGUUGCAUUUUCGAAAAUUAUAACUGGUCUAGUUACCAAACCCUCUUUGGUAAUUUGGAAAACCCUAUUAUUUGCCCUUAAGGAACUAAUAGAAUCAUUCCAAGGGAAGACAACUCUAAAUGAAAAGGAAUUACUUCAAUUAGAUUUCCACGUUGCUUUGCUGGCACAAUACUUUGCCGGUUCGAAGUUAGCAGAACAGUCGGGACAUUUUCUCAGUGACAUCAAUAAUCAGAGACAAUUUACCACAGAGGUCCUACAGUUGUUUGGUAAAUUUAUAUUAGAACGAGAACAUCAACCUCGAACAAUGGCUGCCUUUCUCGAACUAUCAUAUUUUGCUACAUCAUUGGAACUGAUGUUAGCUUUUUACCGACCUGACGGCUGUGAAGAUGAAACAUUGCAUCCACAAAAAAUAUUGGAAAAACUGCAAGGGUUUUUGUCCACCGAAGAGUGGUUACUCAUACAACAACGUGUAUUAAAUUUUGGCCAAUCGAGUUGUAAAUAUUUGUUGCAACGAUUAAGUAUGCAAAAAUCCCAAUCAUCAUUACUACUAUUGUUGGACUCGUCCCAAACAGAAAAAUUGCAGUUGGAAAGAACAUUGGAAACCGGCGACAACGAACAAUUGCAUAGCUUCCUGAAAUCCAACAAUGCUAAAUGGCUGCUUUCACAGCUACCUAGAAGUAGAAAGGCGCCAGUGGCAACGUAUGUGAUACAAAGUGAAGAUUUAUUGCCGAUAGCUGGUGAUGACUUGGAUCUGUUGGAGUUUUCUUGUUUGGCUAUUUAUGAGAAUAUUUGCUCGUCAAUUUCUUCGAAGAAUGGUUUGUUGAAGACACUAUUGUGUGAAUUUGAUGAAAUUCGGCAAUGUGUAGAAACUGCUGCCACUGAAACGUUAAUAAAACGUUUAAUAGAUGUCAUCAAUGAACGAGCCGACGAGAAAUACACAAUUAAGAAAGUUAAAGCCGACGAAAUACAGGCCAAUUUAAAUUUACUAUCGCAACUUCCGGUUGGACAUUUGAGACGUCAAAGGAAAACAAUUAUUUUUGCUUUGCAUCUGUGUCUUUAUCGCGAUCUUAAAUGUGGCAAUGAAGAUGUCUUAGCUGACCAAGCAUUAGAAGUUAUGAAAGGUUCGUAGAUAUAAUAAAGCGUUGUAAUAAACAGUUCGUUUAUUUCUAUUCUCUUUAACCUGAUUAUAGAUACCCUACACUUUGGUCAACAAGUUUUAAUUUUCAAAUAUUUCGAUGCAAAACGAUUGCUUACACUUUUACCAACGGAAACGUGUUGGCAGCUUUAUGAAUUCCUAUUUUCAACCAUAAAAAAUGAAGAGAAGGGCACAGAUAAAUUUCUCGAAGAUUUGGCAUCUAUCAUCCAAGAGGCACAAUCUUCGCAAAAAAUUGACAACGAACAACGUAAGCUACUACUAAUUGCAAUAGAAUCGCUCUCAUCUAUAACUGGUCCUAGUGCUAAACGAAUGCGUAAACAUUUGAUGGCAUUUUUGAAAAUAUUCUCGGAAUAUCUGGAUACCCAUUUCAAUGAAUCGAAUGAUGGUACAUCCAAGAAGGAUAAAAAAUUUGUGCAUAAAACAUUGGCUGGUUUUGCGUCAUAUGCUUCUGUAAUAUUGGCCAAGGCAGCAAAAAGCAAAGAGGAAAAAGAAAAUCAAAAGGAAGUCGCAAAUGAUACUGUUUUGGAGCAAGAAAUCGAUGAAAAUUUUAGGCGCAUCAAUAAAAUUUACAUAGGGCAUUCGAUGGAUUAUCGAAAUCCCCACGCUUUGCGACUUAUGAGUUUGGCUCUGAGCCAUCGUGAACUCUUGCACUUGGAUCAAGAUGAAAUUGAAUUUGUCCUAACACAUUAUUGGACACAAAUAAAUGAAGAUUUACAAAGUCCCGAAGACCAAAGUAGUAAGAAAACCAUUGAAACGGCUGUUAAGCUAAUUAUAAGCAAUAAAACAAAUGAGGACUUACUACUCACUCUCAAGUGUUUGGUCAAUAAUUCAGAAAGUAAAAAUGUCACAAAUAUCUUGAAAUUAUUGAGAUUGAUAGCUAAAUGUCCAUUCAGUACCGUAAAGGGAGCAAUUUUCAAUGAGAUGUACAAGAAGAUUACUUCCAAUAUAACAUUACGUUUGGAAAGAGACGAUCAACAACAAUUUACUGAUUAUGACAGAAUAAUGGAUCUUUUGCGGAGUCAUCAAGCAAUUCUUGAAAAUAAAAUGGUUCCCAUAUCCACAGAUACCAUGGACAGCAUACUCUCAUUAUUAAUGGAAAUAAAUAUUAAGAAAUUCCCAUUAUGUGAUUCCAAUAUAAACAUUUUCAAUUCCCUGCAUUCUGCCGUAACAGAAGUAUGUUCUUCGCUUAUUAAACAGCGGCACCUACUUUUACUGGAUCGUGCUCCACAAUAUAUGCACAUCUUUAAAGAUCUAAUACAAUCUGUAGUUUGGUACAAAAGUGAUCGUCAAAAGGACACAGCAUUGCCCAGCGAUGAAUUGGAUAACCUUGCAGAGCUGGCAAUGAAGUUGGAGGCGUUAAUGCAUUUAAUUGCACAGCACAGUGUGGGCUUUAAGCGUGUUGCACCAUUCAUUUUGACAUUUAUAAUAAAUUUGAUGGUGAAAAAUCAAAGGCCCACUACUCUUUACAACAAGGUCAAAACUCAUGUGGAGAAUAUAUGCUAUGAUUUGGUUGGAAUUUGUGAUCAUCGUGCUAAGAACUUUAUUCUACGUUGCUCCAAUGAGGCUGGUCGUCAGUUGUACGAGGUUCUCGUUAAAGAUUAUCAAAAAUACCAUAAAUUUAAGGGUAAAGUGUAA